AUGGCCGAAGACCGUAACCAAAGCCCGCUUAAAGAGUUUGCUCAACCAUCUAAUGAGGAGCCUAGUUCUAGUAUAGUAAACCCCGCUAUAACAACCAACAAUUUCGAACUUAAGCCCUCACUAUUACAACUAGUACAACAAAACCAAUUCGCUGGUCUCGCUACCGAGAACCCGAAUCAACAUCUAAAGGUAUUUAUUCAGUUGGCUGACACCCUUAAGGCAAAUGGAGCCACACCCGAAGCCAUCCGCUUAAGAUUGUUUCCUUUUUCCCUUAGAAGUAAAGCCCAUGACUGGUUAGACGCCCUUCUAGCCAACUCAAUAACGACUUGGGAAGACCUUAGGAGAGCAUUUCUUGCCAGAUAUUUUCCACCAAGUAAGACCGUUGUCCUUAGGAACCUGAUCACUAGUUUCACUAAAAACCAAGGCGAAUCACUUUUUGAUGCCUGGGAAAGAUAUAAAGAACUUUUGAGAGCUUGUCCGCACCAUGUCCUAGAGCAAUGGUUAAUCAUACAUACCUUCUAUAUUGGACUCCAUUACAACACAAAGAUGUCCAUAGAUGCUGCCGCUGGCGGAGCAUUGAUGAACAAACCUUACCCUGACGCUUGUGCCCUGAUAGAGGACAUGGCCCAAAACCACGUCCAGUGGGGAAUAGAACGAGUGACAGUAGAGAAAAAGGAAAGCCAUGGAGGAAAGCAUGAGAUAAGUUGCAUAGACAUGAUGAAUGCCAAGAUGGAUACCCUGGCCUUGAGAGUUGAGAACAUGUCUCAAAACCCUACCACAGUGGCAGCAAUCCAAUCGGAGUGCAAACUCUGUAGAACUCAAGGACAUCAAACCGUUGACUGUAACCUUUUGAACGAAUCUAGCUCAGACCAAGUUAACUAUACCCAAGGGAACCCUUUCUCGAAUACAUACAAUCCUGGAUAG